CAAAUUUGUUUGGAUCGGAAAAAAAGUUGUAAGUAACUAAAAGGGAAACAAAAUGAUGCGCUACGAGGGAAAUGAGAAACUGGCGGACGUCACGUCCUGUGCCGGUGUGCGUGCCGAUCUAAAAAUGUGUCUGCUGGAGAGCGAAUGCUGUCGCCUGGACAAGAAAACUCCGCGCCAGUGCCUGCAGGACAACAGUGUGCCGCCUGAGUGUCAAGUGUUGCGAAAUACGUUCUACGAGUGCAAGCGUUCGCUGUUGGAUAAUCGACAACGUUUUCGGGGACACAAAGGAUAUUGAGCUGAUUUUAAUUGUUACUUAAACGCUAAGAUUUGAAUACAACACGAAAUGUAAAUGUAAA